AUGCCGAUUGCCAGUGAGAGCACUACCAUCAACUCCGUUACUACCACCAUGACAACAUUUUCUACUCCGGUCACCGCACCCAGAUCGAUGCCCAACAACCAAUCUGCGUUGGCGGCAUCUUUUACGAAUUUCCUCACCGUUUCUAUCCAUCAGAUCCUUUUCCUCCGAUCGGUUUAUCCGCGAGCUACGUUUUUACCUGUUCGGGCCUAUAACUAUCCGGUUCGGCAAUCCCGCCAUCCCAAAGUCUGUGAUUAUAUCAAUGAAGCUUCCAUUGCGGUCGGCACCGAGAUCUUAAAGGGCACCAUCACCGCUGUCAGUAUCAUCAUCUCCUCCCUCCGCACAAAUCAGCCUCUGGAACGAUAUGCCUUUGAUCUCUCGGGGUUCCCCCGUGUUCCCACCGGUGAGGUGAACACCACCUUUGAAGACAGAGAAGAGGACUCUUCCAAACCCAGCACUCCCGUUUCCGAUCGGGGUGCUCCUUCGCCUCCCACCCCCGAUCUCGAGGCCCAGUUCCGUGCCUGUCUCGCCCGGUUGGCUUCCGCCUGCGCGCGGUUGACCCCUUUGCCCCGAGAUGAUGAGUUCAGUUUUACCGUCUGCAUCGAAGUCCGAGAAGAUGCACUCCCUCCCGCGGGGACCACCAAAGAAGAACAGACAUGGAUUGUCGCUGAGCCGGGCAAGGUCCACCUCCGUUCCUGCACGGCCCCUUAUUCCGUCUCCAAGCUAGGAAAUGGCGAGCCACAACAGCCGCCUCCCCGAGUAUCCAAUGGUCGUGCCAAAACAGUGCCAGUACGACGUGUCGAAGCCGGUGAGCUUCGUUUAGAGUUAUGGGUGGAAGAGGCACGACAGAAAUUUAAUGAACCGGUGGAUUCAGAACAUCCGCCAUGA